UGUAUUGAUGUAAAGGAACUCAAGAUAUGCAGAGAUUAAAAAAAAUGACGUAUCGAAGUUUUGCUGGGUUAGGAACACAAAAUCACUUGUAAGAUGUUUGUUGUGUUGAUCAUUCAAGCUAACAACGCGUUUUAACAACUUUUGAAAGUCUGUCCAUGAAAGACCGCUUUCACAUGCAAUUGGUUUAAAAAAUGGAAUCAGAGGAAGAAAUUAUAAGAGAAGUGACAUGCCCCAUGUGUAUGGAAGUAUUUCGUUCCCCAAGACUUCUGGAUUGCAUGCACUCGUUCUGUGAGACAUGCAUUAAACCAUUGAUUGCAUAUGAUACAGGAGAAAUCACAUGUCCAGUUUGCAGACACAUCACUAAGACUGCAAAUGGAACAGAAAGCCUCACAAUGAACCUAAUAGUCAAGAACAUUAUUGGAGCUAUGGAAGUCAUAUCGUUAAGAUCAGAGGGUGGUCUAACUUGUAAUGAAUGUGACCAAGAUGAAGCAGUUAAUUUCUGUUGUGAUUGUUAUGAACGUUUAUGUGACGUGUGCACAGGCUAUCAUAAAAGGAGUUUAAAAUUUAAAACUCAUGCAAUCCAACCACUAGAUGAGAUAUCAAGAGAUGAUAUGUCUCAAGGAAGAAUUAAGCAAUGCCCCGAACAUAAUGAGACGUUAAAGUUUUAUUGUAACAGUUGCUCCUAUACGAUUUGUCAUGAUUGCACUGUCAGCAAAAAACAUAGUGGACAUAAUUUCGAGUUGCUUGAAGAAAUUACCUCUGGUAAUAAAGAAAACCUAAAGUUGCUUCUUCAAAGUGCAACAAAGAAAAAGAAGGCGGUUAAUAAAUCAAUAAAAGAAGCAGAAGGUAUUAUGCAGAACAUAAAAGUAGCAAAAGAGAAUUCAAUAAUUUUACUGGAAGAAACAUUUAAUAAAAUACAUGAGUUGCUUAAUACGAAGAAGAACUUAUUGAUUAAAGCUGUAAACAAAAAAUAUGACGAAGGACUGAAAGCAAUCAAGAAAGCUCAGGAAAACAGUCAAAUGUUAGAUGACUGGAUUGCCUUUACCAACGCUGUCAUGACCAAUAAAUGCAAUGCAGAAAUCAUGGACAUAUUUAAAAACCUAAGAAGACAGCUUGAAGAAAUAACCGUGAUGACUUUUAUGAAGCCAAAGGCUUUACUUGAAGCAGAAAAAAUUCAGAAGAAGUCAGUUGUUUCUGCGAAUCCAAAUGCUAAAGGAAAGCGACGAUUAUCCGCUCAACCUCAAAUUCUUGGAUUGGAGACGGAAAGUAAAACGGAGAAGAAAGAGCCAUUCAGUCCACACAGUUCUCUUAAAAAGCACAACAUGGAAAGCUCAAAAAGCCUUUCCAAACAACAACAACAAGAGAAAGUAAAAGUAAAAACGCAGGAAAACACUGUGUCGACUUCUGAUGCUAACAACAAAAAAAGAAGUACAGAGUCGUGUCAUUUAAAUAGUGUAGUACAUAAUGGAGAGCAACUUACCAGGAAGAUAAUACCUGAUGAGAUGACCCCAGAUAUUGAUACAUCAAAGCAAAUUCAAACUGAAGUUUGGGACUUUCAUGAGCAAAAAUAUAAAAAAGAUGCAGUAGAAUUAAGCCAAGAAGAACGAGCAAGAAACAGACCACGUCAUUUAAAGAAAGUGCCACCACCAAGACCACCUCCUGCAAGAGUCAACUCAUCAAGAUCACUCCACAAAAGAAGACAAUCCAUACCGAAUAAACCUACAUCUGCUCCUCCACAACCACCUGUUGAAUUACCACCACUCAUUCGCUCCAAGUCGCAACCGCAGAUUUUUGUUAGUCCUCGAAAAAAAAAUCAGUCCUCCAAAAGGUUAAGGCAGCCUCCACGAGUUCCACCGCCGCCACCACCAGCCACAACAGUCCGUGCUAGCACACCUCCUCCUAUUCCAACAAGUCCACCCGUCGUUACUUCAGAACCUAUUUCAACACCACCGCUAGUUACCAGCCCGCCCCCAAUCAAGACGUUAUUAAAUCAAUCGACGUCAUUUGAUAUAUCAGAAAUAAAUUUUCCUGUCCCUCCAUCUUCACCUCCGUCAGAAAGUGGAGACGAUACAUCAGGGUAUACGUCUAAUAGCGACGUGUCAAUUCUUCCGGACGACGGAGAAGAAAAGGGCCAACAAGAGACACAGCACAAAUUAGAAGCAGAUAAUAAGCUUGAUCCAAAAACAAGUCCACCACCAUCGGUUGUCCCACCCUCACCAGCCCCUAGAUUCUUUGCAGGGAUAACUAUGGUCAAACAAGAUAUCAUCAUAAACGAAGACGUCGUGAAAUUGAUUAUGGAAACGAUAAAUGAUUCAUGUUCAAUGUCAUCUGAUCAAAACUCCGAUAUAGCCUGCAGCGAUGCCAUGUUUUCUACUAAGGAAGAAAUUUUUCAACAGUAACAUUCUUAUAUUUUUAGUUUAUAGUUGAUUUUGGCACACAGAGAGUUUUCAUAACCUAUUAUGGAUUAUUUUUGUAAUUCCAACUUACAGAUACCCAAAACAUAUAUCCUGAAGCUGAUCACUCUCACUUCUCUAAUUUCUUUAUUGUUGUGUUAAUUAUUUAUGACAUAUAUAGUAAUUUAUUUAUGCAUGUAAUUUCUCUUUUUUACGUAAUAAAACACACCUAUAG